AUGAUAGAAAGUGAUAUCACCUCAAUCAUGUCUGGCCUCAUUCGAAAUUCAGGGCAAAGCCACCACCCUUCUCCACAAGAAUAUAGACUCUUGGCUUCUGACCCUUCACAACUGGGUGAAGACGACCUCCCCGGUGACUUACAGUCCCUGUCCUGGCUGACUUCCGUGGACGUCCCUCGGCUGCAACAAAUGGCCAGCGAAAGGAUGGAUUAUGGACUCAGCUCCCAGAACGCUGAGCUGCAGCAGACAGGGUCUAUGCCAGGGAAUCUGCAUGCCACCGCAGGGACUCCUGGAGCAAUUAUCCACAUCCAGGCCAGCUUGCCUCAAGGCUUUCUGGGAGGACUGAACGCCGUUUCGUCUCACGGUGCCAAUAUAAGCCAGUAUGUGGUUGGGGGGCAGCUGUCUCCCAGUCUGCAAGCGCAGGCGGCCCCCCUCUUCCCUCCUCUGCCCCGCCAUGUCCAGCAGGUGUUCACCAUCGCUCAGCACGCACAACAGUACCCUCCCACAACCAUCUACAGCACCUCUUAUGGGACGCAGCCUCAAUACUCGCAGCCCCCCCGCCUGGCUCCUCACAGCACCCAGGAACAGCAGGCAAAGCCUUACCCCAAGCCUAUCUACUCCUACAGCUGCUUGAUUGCCAUGGCCCUGAAAAACAGCAAGACGGGCAGCCUCCCCGUCAGUGAGAUCUACAGCUUCAUGAAGGAGCACUUCCCCUAUUUCAAGACAGCGCCCGACGGAUGGAAGAACUCGGUCCGCCACAACCUGUCCCUCAACAAAUGCUUUGAGAAGGUGGAGAAUAAGAUGAGCGGCACGUCCCGCAAAGGCUGCCUGUGGGCCCUCAACCCCGCCAAAAUAGACAAGAUGGAAGAGGAGAUGCAGAAGUGGAAGAGGAAAGACCUGACAGCCAUUCUCCGGAGCAUGGCCAACCCAGAGGAGCUGGACAAGCUCAUCACAGACCGGCCCGAGAGCUGCAGGCGGGUGAGCAAGCAGCUGGAGGAGGACGUUUCCGCGCGGAGCCAUAUGGCGGCAGCCGCAGGGCGUAUUUCACAGUUGCAGCCCCAGCCGGUCAUGACACUCUCCCUGCAGUCCCUCCCGCUGCACAGCCAGAUCCAGACGCAAGCAUGCAUGGCUCCAGAUUCACCUGCUCCUGCACAGACCCCUCCCUUGCACCCGCUGCACCCGCUGCACCGUCUUAGCCAGAGUCCCCUUUCUCAGCAUCCGAUGAGCCGUGCCCCAGAUUUCCUCAGCAUGAUGACCGACAUGAACGCAGAGGUGGAUGCUCUUGACCCCAGCAUCAUGGACUUUGCACUACAAGGUAACAUCUGGGAAGAGAUGAAAGACGAGAGCUUCAACUUGGAGAGCCUGGGUGCUUUCAGCAACUCUUCUCUGGCCCUCUCUGACUGCGACCUGGCCCCUGCUGGCCUCACCCCUGCCUCCAGCAACAACACUGACCACCCCUCCUUUUCAGACUUGCAAGUGACAGGCCUCUACACAACAUACACAACGCUGGACCCUGUCUCUGCUGCCCAGUACAUCAGCGCCCAAGGAAACAAGCCUAUCGCCCUUCUCUGA